UGUGCGCCGCUGGGCGAGUCUCCGCCGCGUCUGUCUCCGUAGCUCCGGUUUUUACAGAGAAAAGGAGAGGAGAAUUAGCUCCGGGAGGAGGGCCGACGCCAUUAUUGGGAAGCAGGGAAAAAAACCUCUUUCACACAACCAAUCUCUUGUUAAAUUGAUAAGGACGUUUGCAAUUUGUUGCAUUAGUCAUGUUUAGAAGAAACAUUUUAGGCCUACGGCAAGUGCAUUAUACUCGACCGGUGUCGGGUGCAUGAUCGAUCCAGCAUAAUGUUGGCACAAACAAUGGACAUAAUAUUUGGUGAAAAGCAACGUGGUGAAGCAAGAAGACGCUGAAACAAGUUUUUAUACGCCUUUAUUUUUUCACGAGGAGGGAAAAGGGAAACUGGAAGAUCCCCAUUAUCAGCUUUUGUAGUUCUAUUAUCACAAAGAAAACGAACAGAUAAAUCGAACCGAAACCCAUCGAAAUGCGGAUAUAGACUUAUAAUUGAUGUCAAGCUAACAAUAACCUACGCAGUUGGAUGAGAAUCAACAGAGCCACAUUAUUUUGUUUCAAACGUAUGCCCAUGCAUAUCAGGCAACCCAGUGCGGCGGCAAGCGCUGGCCUGACAGAUGCAACCAGAAUGCGAUGGGCUAUAUCUACAUUAGGAAUGACUGAGCGAAGCCACUGCAUUUGUUACACUCCCACAAUGCCGUUGAUAAACCAUGGAGCAUACUAGAGGAAACGCCAGCUAAACUUCACCUCCACAAUACAUCUGCCACUUUAUGGACACACAUCCGGGUGUAGUCUCCUACCGAGUUCCUGAUUAUGGCAGGAUGAGUGUCAGCAUACGAUAAUGAUGGCGAAGAAGCAAGAUGCUAAGUCGCCCACGUACAAUCUUAUUGUGGUGGGUUUGUCAGGGACUGAGAAAGAGAAGGGCCAGUGUGGGGUGGGCAAGUCCUGCCUGUGCAACCGCUUUGUGCGCCCAAGUGCCGAUGACUUCCAUCUGGACCACACGUCAGUGUUGAGCACCAGUGACUUUGGGGGCAGAGUGGUUAACAAUGACCACUUCCUGUUUUGGGGUGAGGUGGGGCGGGUGGUGGAGGAGGGGCCAGAGUGCAGGAUGCAUGUGGUGGAGCAGACGGAGUUCAUUGAUGACCAGACAUUUCAGCCACACCGCAGCACUGCCAUGCAGCCUUACAUCAAGAGGGCGGCCUCCACCAAGCUGGCCUCGGCAGAGAAGCUUAUGUACUUCUGCACGGACCAGCUGGGGCUGGAGCAGGACUUUGAGCAGAAGCAGAUGCCCGAGGGCAAGAUACAGGCUGAUGGGUUUAUGCUCUGUGUGGAUGUCAGUAGGGGGAUGAAUCGCAACUUUGAUGACCAAUUGAAGUUUGUCACCAACCUUUAUGGUCAGCUGAGCAAAACAAAAAAGCCCAUUGUGCUGGUCUUAACCAAAUGCGAUGAGGGAGUUGAACGCUACAUCAAAGAUUCUCACACCUUUGCCAUCACUAAAAAGAGUCUUCCAGUGGUGGAGACGUCUGCGCGCUCUAAUAUCAAUGUUGACCUAGCCUUCCUUACUUUGGUGCAACUCAUUGAUAAGAGCAGGGGCAAGCCCAAGAUUAUUCCUUACUUUGAGGCUCUCAAGCUCCAGAGUCAACAAAUAGCUCUGGCCAAAGAUCGAUAUGAAUGGCUGGUUAACCGCAUUGUGAAGAACCACAACGAGACUUGGCUUAACACCAGUCGACGCAUGCACACCUCUUCGGAGUUCAAGGAAUAUGUCUUUCUGGAGGGCACAGCCAAAUGCAAAAAACUCUUCCAGCAGCAUGUGUACCGUUUGAAACAGGAGCACAUUGAGAGGCGUCGUAAAAUCUACCUGAGCACUCUUCCUCUAGCACUUAGCUCCUUGGUGCCUGACCUAGAUGAGAUCGACCAGCUGAGCUGGUCUGGGGUUCAGAAGGUCCUAGAGUCCAAGCAGCACUUUGCCCACUGGUUUGUGGUUUUGGAAGAUUCUCCUUGGGAGGACACAUCUCACAUAGACAACAUGGAGGAUGAGCGUAUCCCUUCAGACUUGCUAGAAACCACCCCGGCCCAGAACAUUUUUGAUGCCCAUUUGGAGCACCUGAGGAAUGAGUGUAAGCGGGCUGAGAUGAGGCAGGAGUUUAAGCACAAACUGGCCUGUUCUCCCUUCGUCACGCCUGGCAAGCCCUGGGAAGAGGCCCGCAGUUUCAUCAUGAAUGAAGACUUCUAUCAGUGGUUGGAGGAAUCAGAGUACCUAGACCUCUACAACCGCCACCAGAAGGAGAUAAUUGAUCGUGCUAAAGAGGACUUCCAGGAGUUGCUGUUGGAGUACUCUGAGCUCUUUUAUGAGCUAGAGGUGGAUGCUAAGCCCAGUAAGGAAAAAAUGGGGGCCAUCCAAGAGGUUUUAGGGGAGGAACAGAGGUUUAAAGUCCUACAGAAGCUUCCAGCUGAAAGAGAUGCAUUAGUGUUGAAGCAUAUUCACUUUGUCUACCACCCCACCAAGGAAACCUGCCCCAGCAGUCCACAGUGUGUAGACUUCAAGAUUGAGCAGCUCCUGGCCUCACGCUUCCCAACAUGCUACCCCUUCUUUGAUGUGAAAUCUCAUUUUGGGGAUAUUAAAGCUGACCGAAUCAACCUUGUGAUAUUGGGCAAAGAUGGACUGGCUAGGGAGUUUGCCAAUGAGAUCAGAGCUCUUUGUACCAAUGAUGACCGAUAUGUGCUGGAUGGGAAGAUGUAUGAACUGACCCUGCGGCCAAUCGAGGGAAAUGUACGACUCCCUGUAAACUCCUUCCACACUCCCACCUUCACACCCCAUGGUUGUCUGUGUUUGUACAACUCAAAAGAGUCACUAACCUACAUCAUAGAAAGCAUUGAGAGGUUGCGGGAGUCAACAAUCGGUAGACGGGACAGCCAUAUAGCUCAGCUUUUAACUUCUCUGCUCUUGGUUACUAAAAGGGGUGUUGGAACGUAUGCAGAUAUUGGGGGAGAAACUGCUUUAGGCCUAAUAACGCAGGGACAGCAAGUAGCAAGGAGGCUGCAGUGUAGCUUCCUAGACCCAGCCUCUCCCGGUGUAGGCUAUGGGCACAAUGUUAAUGAGAGUCAGAUCAACCAAGUGUUGAGGGGUCUUCUAGAUUCUAGACGGAGUUCAUCUUUCAGUAGCAGCUCCCCGCCUCUUCCCCCUCAACCUCCUGGUCCCAAAGACUCCUCUCACCAGCCCAGCCCAGAGGCUGAUAUCCGCAUUGUCAUGUGCUUGAUGUGUGGGGACAACUAUGACGUGGAACAGCUCCUCUCUCCCUUUCUACUGCCUCAGCAUUGCAGGCCGACAUCCAACAGUGGGACCUCAGUGAUACUGGAGCAGAUGGUGGGUCCUCACAAACAGGUGAUUGAGCUCUCCCUGCUCUCCUACCAUGCCUCCUUCUCCCUGAGGAAGAGCAGAUUAGUGCACGGAUACAUCGCUGUGUACUCAGCCCGCCGCAAGGCCUCCCUGGAGACCCUGUGUGCCUUCCUGUGCGAGGUCCAGGACAUCAUCCCAGUUCAGCUGCUGGCCGUAGGGGAGAGCCAGAUAGAGCUCGCUGAGAGUGAGUCUGCGCGAGAGCAGCUGAUCCAAGGAGAGGAGCUUGCUCAGGAGAUCGAGGGUAGGUUCAACAGCGUGGUGUGUGGGUCGGGAGGGGUGGUGGGUGGCCUGCACAGGAUCGAGAUGUUUCAGUCUUUCCUCAUGGAAGUGGUGGAGAAACGCAACAUUGUGGAGGCCACUCACAUGUACGAUAACGUGGCUGAGGCCUGCACCAACGAGACGGCCUACUCCCCUCGCUGUAGCUCUCCCAGCCCUGGCACCAUGUUCCUGGACUCUGACGUGGAUGACGUGGAUCCCUCCCCACCCUACUACGAUGGCACCCUCUCGUCGCACGGCGGGGGCUUCAGCCUGCCUGACCUGGACUCCAGCGAUAUCUCCCUCAUCUCUGACAUCGGCUCUUUUGAGAACAAACUCAACAGCAAGGUCCCUCCUCAAGUGAGGCCCAAGCCUACAGUGAGCUUUGACUUCCGGAAGGUGGGCCGCAACCCCUACAACGCUGACACCACAGGCCAUCGUCGCUCCCUGCCCUCUGCUGUGACAUGGGUGCCCGGUGGAGAUGGCGGUUACGACCCCUCAGACUAUGCUGAACCUAUGGACGCGGUGUCCAAGCCCCGGCCCAGCAAUGAGGAGAUAAUCUAUUCUGUGCCUCAUGACAGCACACAGGGCAAGAUUAUAACAAUCCGAAACGCCAACCGAAUGCACUCAAAUGGCAAUGGGUCCGACAGUGAAGCGGACAGCAGCUCCCUGGAACGUCGCAGGAAGUUCUCCGCUGCGGGGGUAAAACCGCGGUUGUACCGCGACCGCUCCAAGCGCCUGGGCAAGUUCAGCAGCUUUCGAACCAGCUUUAUCGGUAGUGACGACGAGUUGGGGGCUCUGCCAAAAACCAAGGAUGAUGAGUUUGGAACCCUGAAAGGAGACAUAAUCAACGAGGAGGGAGAAGACCCCAAAAAGAGGAACAUUUUGAAGAGCCUACGGCGAACUGCCAAGAAAACCCGAACAAAGCCUCGGCCUUCUAUUCCCAAGCCCCUGGAAAGCAGCUACUUUGGGGUGCCCCUGAUCAAUGUGGUGUCCCCGGACAGACCUAUCCCACUCUUCAUUGACAAGUGUGUCCGCUUUAUUGAGACCACAGGUCUCAACACAGAGGGGCUGUACAGGGUCAGUGGGAACAAGUGUGAGAUGGAGAGCAUGCAGAAGCAGUUUGACCAGGACCAUGGGCUAGACCUGGUGGAGAAGGACUUUGCCAUUAACACCGUGGCUGGGGCACUGAAGGCCUUCUUCUCUGAAUUGCCGGAGCCUCUAGUGCCCUGCGUCCUGCAGGUGGAGCUGCUUGAGGCUUUCAAGAUCAACGACCGGGAACAGAGGCUGUACACCAUGAAGGAUGUGCUGAGGAAGUUCCCCAGGGAGAACUAUGACGUCUUCAGAUUUGUCAUGAGCCACUUACACAAGGUGAGCCAGCUGAGCCGGCAGAACCUGAUGACCAGUGAGAACCUGUCCAUCUGUUUCUGGCCCACGCUGAUGCGGCCCGACUUCACCACCAUGGACGCCCUGACGGCCACGCGCACCUACCAGACAAUCAUUGAGACGUUCAUCCACCAGUGUGCUUUCUUCUUCUACCACCAGCCCCUGCUGGACUCCCCCACUGGCCUGGCGGGUCUGCCCUCCUCCCCCACCACCACCCUGACCGGGGGCUCUGCCUACUCCUGCUACCGCUCCUCCCCUCCCCCCGGUGCUGCGCACUUCAGCCCCCUGCAGCAGUCACCCCCCACCACCCCACAGUCACCCCUGCAGUCCCUCCUGCCCCCCCUCCACCCCCACCAUGCCCCACCCGAGCAAGAGACACUGUGAGAGGACCACACGCUGCAUCCCUGAUCUGAUGAUGCUGGACCUUUAGGCGUGCGCGCACACACACAUACACACACACACACACACACACACACACACACACACACACACACACACUGACACUACAUUGUUAGGUCAUUGAUAAUAACAUGGGUAAAUACAGAGAAGAAAUGUGGAGCGUUUGACAUAUAAACUUACCACUUGUGACCAGCGUCUCGCUGCCCGGGCCCAGCCACACGUGUGCCAAUGCAGAUCAUGUUGACUGUUCCCCCCGACCCCCGUAACCCCUGACAACCUGUUCCCCUGACCCCUGUAACCCCUGACAACCUGCCCCCCCCCCCCCGAACCCUGUAACCCCUGACAGCCUGUUUCCCCCCGUAACCCCUGACAACCUGUUCCCCUGACCCCUGUAACUCCUGACAACCUGCCCCCCCCCCCCCCGAACCCUGUAACCCCUGACAACUUGUUCCCCUGUAACCCCUGACAGCCUGUUGCCCUGUAACCCCGGACAACCUGUUCCCCUCCACCCCUGUAACCCCUGACAACCUGUUCCCCACCACCCCUGUAACCCCUGACAACCUGUUCCCUUCUACUCCAGUAACCCCUGACAGCCUGUUCCCUUCUACUCCAGUAACGCCUGACAACCUGUUCCCCACCACCCCUGUAACCCCUGACAGCCUGUUCCCCACCACCCCUGUAACCCCUGACAGCCUGUUCCCCACCACCCCUGUAACCCCUGACAGCCUGUUCCCUUCUACUCCAGUAACCCCUGACAACCUGUUCCCCACAACCCUGUAACCCCUGACAACCUGUUCCCCACCACCCCUGUAACCCCUGACAGCCUAUUCCCCUCCACCCCUGUAACCCCAGACAACCUGGGACUUUGACUCUGGGCCUCACCCACUGAAAGGCGAUGAGCUAGAACAGAAUGGGUUUCCAUGUUACAGUAAGCAUCUCUGCUAACCAACUGUUUUUACUUUAGUGAUACUCUAUGAAAAAAAGGUCCAAGCCUCCAUGUCUAGCUGAAAGAUGUGGUUUGUGCCCAUCACCUUGUUAAUUUGAGUAUAAUAGUUUUCUGUGCAUUUAUUUGUUAAUGAAGGUAGCCACUGGAUGUAAGGACUUCGCCCCUCUCAGGGCCGUGGUCAGUACUGUACCACACAGCCAAGUUGGGAGACUCCCUGUCUGCCUGGAGGCCCCCUGCUAUGGGGUUUUGAUGCAGGAGGGGCAAGGCAUUAUGGGAGAGCAGGGGACAUCCAGGGAUGCACUUUAAUGGUCAGAAUGUUUUGGUUAACUUUUUUUUUGUUUGUUUGUUUUUGAAAGGGGGUUGUUGACCAGAAUGUUUUAGUGUGUUGAGUUCACAGCUCCAGCAGCCAUACCCAUGGUCCCAGUGAAGGCCUUGGCAGAUCAAUACGUUUACAUCCAAACCCUUGAUUUUGUAUACAUGUACUUAUCUGAAGCACUUUUGAAUUCUAGUGUUAAGUUCCAUGAAAUGCAACCUUGAUCAAUUGACUUGUAACUUGUUUUAAUGGCCUGGUGACAGUAGACAGUAGUAGACAGAAACUUGUAAACAUUUUUAGAGGAUUCCGGUCUCACUUGACAACCCCAAUGGAGUACCCAGUCGUAAUACUGGUUCUAGUUUACCUUUAUCUUCGCCGUGUCAGAAAUGGUUUGUUCAGGGUGUGCAGGUUUGAAUAGCCCGACGUUACCAUUCUGUUUUGAAUAUGAGUUUGGCUGGAUGGGGGAGGUGUUUUUUGUAGCAAUUGGAGUUUUAACCAGGGUCAGUUAAUCAGACAUUUUAAGGUCCAGGAGAGGAAUGCUCAGAGCCACUCCUCCAGUUAUGGUCUAUGACUGAAUUAGCCACGUUGAAGAUUGAUGAGGGAAAUGUGUGUAGGCCUGAUGGAGACUUCUACCGUGUACACUCUUCCUCUGUGCUAUCUGGUGGCCAUGGAAACCACUGUCCUAAUGCAAAUUGAUACGUUGCCCCGAUAUGUUGCUGUGGGGUUUCAGCCAAUUGAGCUCUUUGUACUCAUCUAAUAUUAAGGACCUUAAACUGAGCCAGGUUGUGCAUACAGAAAACCCUUCCACUGCAAACCCCAGUACAGUAAUAAGUGUAUGGUAUGUCUGACUGAGAAGGAGCCCCUGAAGGGAUUCAUGCUCAGGAAUGUCGACGGCUGCUUUUACACGGGCAGACCAAUUCUGUUCCUGUGCCCAGUUAUUGGCAAAAGAGUUGAUAUCAUUGGUCAAAAGAGCAAUUAGUGGCAAGAAAUCUUUUGUCUCUCUAUACUCCUAGUAUGUCCGGUAUUCGUCUCAAUUUAAGGUGAAAGCCUUUCUCGGUAAGAGUGCCACAGGCAUGUUCUGGGGACUGGCCAGGAUGCAUGGCUGUACUCGAUGUCCACCCUGUUAGAUGUUUCUCAUACUGUUGUAUUGAAGGUCAGCUCUAUGCAUUACUUGGGAUCACUCACUGGUACUUAUCUUUGGGAUUUUCCUCUCCGUCUGUGGAAGGCAGUCGUCUAUGAUCAGUAGACUAAUGCUACAGUGACUCGUCCAGUCCGGAACAGUAUUACCGCACUAAACCCAUAAGACGGGAGAAUGGGACUUUGACUUAAAGAACUUGUGGUUGCUUCCCUUCAUUUCUGACACGGACUGCCUUUUCACAGGUAGCCCAAUAACCAGAUCAGAAUUGGGUUGCCUGUGAAAACGCUGCGAACUUGGACAGAUCUGCUCUUCAGUGGUGGAAAAAGUGAGCGCAACCUAUACUAAAAAUAGUUGUUUAUUUGUAUGUUAGGGGGUCUAACACUUUGCCCUUUAGUCAAUGGUAGAAAACAUUUUUAGUGUGUAUUUCAAUGAUUUGAAAGUACAUUUUUACGAUUUUGUGAAUGGUUUAAGGCCACUUCAGUUUAGUGCAUGAUUUAAGAACACACCAGGGGAGAAGGUUCAGCCACUCUCUUUUUUUUUUUUUAAAACAUGAAAUUAGUGUGAGAACAAAACAAUACAAAAGUAAAAUAGCUUAAAACAAGUGAAAGAUGAAGUACUGUGCAUCAACAGCAAACCGUGGAAUUUGUCUGACUGAAAAUGGUGUAUGAAGAUGAAGGCCUUAUGUGAUCUGUAUCAUAGUUAAUAAAUUAAAUCUUGUAAAAUUGUCCAGUGACCUCCUGUGAUUCCCUGUGUGCUUUGGUGACACUCCUGUCUUUUACCGUGCAGUGGCAUCAACAUUAGCAGCUUGCUGUACUAUUGAUGUGCUGAUACAUACAUCUUUUCUCUUUAUGCCCAGGAAGCUAAUUUCAACAUGUGUGCACUGAUGCGUUUAAAUCCUGUUAUUGAGCAUUUCUCCAUUGCCAAGGUAAUCCGUCCACCUGACAGGUGUAGCAUAUCAAAACGUGGAUUAAAUGGUGUGAUCGUUACACAGGUGGACCUUGUUUUGAGAGAAUAUCCAGUUGGCCUGCUGACAGCAGAAAUGUCCACCAGACCGGUAGUCGGAGAAGUUAGUACAAAUCUCUCUACAGUAAGUUACCUACAACUUAAUUUAUCUGGAUCUGUCAGAAAAACCACAGGCCAUGUAACCACACCAGCCCACAUCUGGCUGUUUCACCUGCGGAUUGUCCGAGACCAGCCACCUUGAGUGCUGCUGAAACUCUGCGUUUGCACAACAGAAGACAUUUUUGCACGAACUAUCAGAAACCAUGUCAUGGAAACCCAUCUUUGUGCAUGUUGUCCUCACCACGGUCUUGACCUGACUAGUUUGUUGUCAUUCCACUGUACCAAGCGGAUAUCAGACUAUACGUAGUGUCAUUUGGGAUGGGUGGUUUGCUGAAGUCAAUGUUGUGAACAGUGUCCCCUGGUGGCAGUGAGUAUGGGCAUAAGCUAUGAACAAUGGACACAUUUAUCUAUGACAAUUUGAAUGAACAGAGACAAGACUGUAUUCUGAGUUCCAUUGCCAUGUCAUUCAUCUUCGGCCAUCACCUGCCGUUCCAACAAGGUAUUGUCACAUGGAUCUCUAUACUAUUCCUGGAUGCUAAAAAUGUUUCAGUUCUUUCAUGGCCUGCAUACUCACCAUGUCUUUCUUUGAACAUGUUUGAGAUGCUCUGGAUCAACAUGUACAGCAACAUGUUUCAGUUCUGCCAACAUCCAAAAACUUCAUGUUGAAGAUGUUUUUUGCAUGAUCAGUGCUCUUUGAAAAAGAUGUGUAGCACAGCUUGAGGCAUAUGGUGGUCACACAAUAUACCUUUGGCCUUUUUACCACCUUUUUGUAAGGUAUCCAUGACCAACAGAUGCACAUAUGGGUUCCCUGUCAUGUGAAAUUCAGUGAUUAAGGCCUUAUUUCUUUUAAUUGACAGUUUUCCUAAUGUAAAUUGUAUUUAAAAUUGUUGUAAUCCUCUUUUUGUUAAGUAUAUAUGUGUAAACACUCAUGAAAUGCA